AUGCCUACCGCCAGAGGCGGUAUCCGCUACGUCAUGCGCAAGCGGUGUCGUAGUCCACUCGUCUAUCUGGUGACUACCUUCUUCGUGGCUUGUCUAUAUUCAGCGUUCAACUCGCAUAUUACGUGGCCUCUGGGCCAUUCUUGUGCUAGUCAUGCAGAAGAGGCCUUCCAUUCACGCAGUUUGCUGCAGUACUCUGCGACGACGACAACCGCACCUAACAACGCAACUCAACACGCUAGCGGCUCCGCCCAAUUCCCGAAAGAUUUGUUCACAGUACAGCAGCGCCGGCAGGGUGCCGUGAUUUUACACGUCACGGGCCUUGUGUACAUGUUCGUGGCGCUCGCUAUAGUAUGUGAUGAAUUCUUCAUUCCGGCGCUUGAUGUAAUCACAGAAAAACUAGGAAUCUCAGAGGAUGUCGCCGGUGCCACCUUCAUGGCAGCCGGAGGUUCAGCACCUGAACUUUUCACCAGUGUUAUCGGAGUGUUCAUCUCGUUCGAUGAUGUCGGGAUCGGCACCAUCGUGGGGUCCGCCGUGUUCAAUAUCCUUUUUGUGAUCUCGAUGUGUGCUAUCUUCUCGAAGAGCGUCCUCCAACUCACAUGGUGGCCCCUGUUUCGCGAUGUGUCAUUUUAUUCAAUAAUCCUCAUCAUCCUUAUCGUGUUCUUCCGAGACAAUGUUAUCCACUGGUGGGAGGCACUAAUUCUACUAUCGUGCUAUGCCUGCUACGUUACCUUCAUGAAGUACAAUUCCAACGUCGAGAGAUUUGUCAAGAAGUUCACGAACCGAAACAAAGUUACGCGUGUGGGCAGCACGGAUCAACUCAUGCCUCAGGGGGAACAGAGAAAGCACUCCACGGCGACGGAGCUGCGCAACCUGCGUACUCUACAAGGGGUCGCACUCGGUGAAAACGCGGCUACGGCCGAGGCCUCGGUUGAUGCCGAGCUGAAGGUCACCGAAGUUGAUAUAGAGGGAGGGAGACUAUCACCGAACGCACGAAGACGACGAAUGAGUGUGCCGACGAUUCACGGCGGCGGUGGGAAAUUCCGACACGGACUCCUGCAGCUACUCAUCCACUCCAUCGAUCCCCUUCACGAACACGAAGGCAAAGUUGACGAGAAGGCGUCCCAACUUCACACGAUCGCUUCGCUAGGGGUGUUGCUCGAUGCAACGGGCCCAGGUAGUUCUGGAUCACCCACCCCGCUGAAUGGCAGUGCAGGAGGCGUUCGCAGCUCCGCUCACAGAGAUUCCGGUAGAAGAAGGGAGAGAGAUGUCGAUUUCCAACUGGGAUCCGGGGGCGAAGAGAAAGCGAUGCCACCCGUAGAAGAGUCGUUGGAGACGUCCAGCUCGGUCAAUGAAACUCAUCCGGAUUCUGGCUAUAACAGCGCUGCACAGCAAGCCGCCCAGGCGACUCGCGAAGAUACGAUCGAAGAGGCGAUGGAAGAAGCGGCCGAGCCUCUGAGCGUUGCGUGGCCAGAUACGUGGCGAGAGCGCCUGAACUACGUGGCGCUCGCACCGAUUAUAUUUCCGUUGUGGUUGACGCUACCUGAUGUGCGACGUGCCGAAAAACGAAAAUAUGUCGCAGGUUCUUUUCUUGGGUCGAUUACAUGGAUUGCAAUAUUUUCCUAUCUCAUGGUGUGGUGGGCAACCGUGGUCGGAGACACCUUCGGCAUUCCUUCAGAGGUUAUGGGGCUGACGUUCCUUGCCGCCGGCACGAGUAUUCCCGAUCUCAUAACAUCGGUUCUCGUCGCCCGCAAAGGUUUUGGUGACAUGGCAGUAUCCAGCUCUGUCGGUUCUAACAUCUUCGAUGUCGCUGUCGGAUUACCUCUUCCAUGGUUCUUGUCGUGCCUGGUUUUCGGAUCAGUUCACGUGAGCAGUUCGGGCAUGGCCUGCUCCAUCUUCAUCCUUUUCAUGAUGUUAAUCUUCGUCAUUGUGACAAUCGCCUUGUUCAACUGGCGGAUGAACUUCGGCCUGGCCCUCGUUAUGUUUGUUCUGUACUUUGUUUUCAUCGCGUGUUCACUUUUGCUUGAGUACGAAGUGGUGCGUUGUCAAGACAUCGUGAGCGCGGUGACGGGAAGAAAGACUUGA